GGCAAAGUGAGUGUCGGGGCUUCAAAAGGGCCACAAGACGGUCAAUAGGCAUCCAGUCCCCGGGAGAGACUGACGGACGAAGGAUUCGACCGCUCUGCAGCACGGCGGAGCCCCUGCCCGCGAACUUCAAGAAUGAGUACCAGCAGGAGGAGGCUGUUCUGGAACAAUAGACCAAUGGGCUUGAUACUGUUUUUCGUGGGCCUGCUGCUCCCGCCCCUGCACUCGUGCCAUGAACAGAUCGAUCCUUUGACUCUGGGUCGGACAGACCCUCAGUGUUGGGAAUCCUCCUCCACGCUUCUUCUUGAAAUGCGGAAACCCCGCAUAGCGGACACUGUCAGCGGCUUCUGGGACUUCAUGAUCUACCUUAAGUCAUCAGAAGAGUCCAAGCACAGCAGUCUCUUUUGGGUCCUGGCACAGCUCUUCUGGGACAUCUAUGUGGACUGUAUGAUUUCUCGGACCCAUGGGCUGGGACGAAGGCGUUUCAUUGAAGAUGAGAAGGAACUAGUGACAGCACACUCUGAUCUCAGACAGGACCUUCGUAGAGGAUCAAAGCAUGAUCAAUCCCAGAGUAAAAGACUUUGUUCAAGACUGGGUUGGGAUCUAAGUGUACAGGAGUGGUUCCAGCAUCAUGCAAAACUGGAUAGCAAAAAAUACGGGGCUGAAAAAGGCCUCAACUAUAUCAAUCUGGUAGAGAUCAUGAAUUUGAAAGGCAUUGUCUAA